AUGAGUAAUGUUAUUUAAGUUAGAUUCUGAAUAUGUUUCUACACUGUGAUAUUGGUAAAAGAUAAAGUAGGCCUACUCCUUCCAGCAGCGGAUGUUUUUUUCUGAAUACCUGUCGUGUGUCUCCCCGCCAACAGGGGCCGCUGUGGGCCGGGAGACAGAACAGACCCCACGAACUCUUGUGAUGUCCGGAAGAAGUCAGCAUGGCGGAUUUAUUUUUCACUUCAUGCUUUUCUGUUUACUGUUCUGCUAUAAUGUAUUGACAUUUAUAACGGAUAUGUAACCCCGCGUGAGCUGUGUAUUCAGACAGUAAGGGCUGCAGAGGGAUCUCGCUGCACCGCUGCCUAUCUCCCUGCUCACAUCGUGACUUGUGACCCAGUUGGGUUUGGUUUCCUAGACUGAUCUCAGUGGGACGAAACUUCAGGAGCCUUAACAAGGAUCAGCGAAGAAACCAAAUUGAACACAAAUAAAAACACCAGAAACUAACAAUGGAUAAAGUGACUAUCGGUGACGAGGUGACGAGACAGGAGCUGCUCCCAGAGCCUCUACUGAUAAUCCUGUCCCCACCUCCUCCUUUCUUACCCGGCGCUGGUAAACCGACCAUGUUUUGGCACAAGUGGCUAAAAGCUUUUGAACACUACUUUCAUGCUCUUGGUGAACACGAGCUUGCUGAAUCCUCUAAGUGUGGGCUCCUAAGGAACUGCCUUGGCCUUGAAGGCCAGCAUAUCUUCACCGCUCUGAUCCAGAGUGAAACUUCGUACACAGCAGUCAUCUCCUCGCUCACGCUUUACUUCUGCUCCGAUCACACCUCUCAGAUGUGCCGCCUUAAAUUUCAUCAGAGGGCUCAGAUGCCCGGGGAGGGUGUAGACGUGUUUGUGUCUGCGUUAGAAGAACUGCUGAGACCUUGCAAUUAUGGACACUUACAAGACAAACUUAUCCUGGAUCAGCUGAUUGAGAAAACCAACUGCCCACCCCUCAAAGAGAGGCUGCUGUUGGAGAGGGAAACGUUGACCCUGGACAAAGCAUUGGUCAUUGGUAAAGAGGUUGAAUCUGCUUUCAAUGAAACUGACCUGUUUAGUAUUCAUGAGGUCAGUGUGGACAUUGAAGACGAUUUAGGCCCUCCUGUUCCAACAAAGCGUAAAAGAGGAAGACCUCGGCGUGGGGAGGGAAAGCUGAAAAUCGAAACAAAACCACCCUCGACCAAAACUCAUACAAGAUCAUCUAGACACAAAGAUAGUUACUAUUACAGCAAUGAUAAGCAAUAUUAUAGUGAAAAUGAUGGAGGUGUGUCUGAAAGUGCUCAUGAGACUAAUCUAACUUUGGAUGAACCCAACGAUGAAGCAGCUAAAGAGGAGAAGGCUCAUGAGACUAAUCUAGUUUUGGAUGAACCCAACGAUGAAGCAGCUAAAGAGGAGAAUGCUCAUGAGACUAAUCUAGCUUUGGAUGAACCCAACAAUGAAGCAGCUAAAGAGGAGAAUGCUCAUGAGACUAAUCUAGCUUUGGAUGAACCCAACGAUGAAGCAGCUAAAGAGGUGAAAAGAGCGUUAUCAUCAUCAUCCUUAGAUUGGAUGGAAGAGGAAGGCUGCAACUAUGCUAGUGAUGGUGUCGAUGAUGAAGAUGUAGAGGUAGAUGAAGAGGUAGAUGAAGAGGUAGAUGAAGAUGUAGAUGAAGAUGUAGAUGACGACUUUAAACCUAAACAAAAAGGCCCCUACUGUCCCAUUUGUGUCACAACGCGCUUCAGAGACAUAAACAAGCUCAGCAGACACAUGAGGACGCACACGAAGGAGAAACCGUUCAGCUGCCCGGUCUGCUCUACGACCUUCAGCCAAUCCUACCACAUGACCCGACACAUGAGGAACCAGCACAAUGCGGGACAACACGUCUGUUCCACAUGUGGGGAAAGUUACAAGAGCCUUGCCGAUCUGCAAAGUCACAAGAAGAUGCAUUUGUCAUGUCCAAGCUGUCAUAAAGAAUUCACUAACAAUAAAGCGUUGUGUAGUCAUGUCUUGUCACACAGCGAAGACCAGUCCACCCAGGUAGAGGGUCAAAGUCAACUUGAGGGUCAGAGUCCUCUGCAAAGUGAUGAAAUAAAAAACCAAGAAAUCAAAUCAAUAAACAAAGAUAAUAAUGAGAGUAUUGAUAUCAAUGAUAAUGUUGCUGAGAACAGUGCAGACUCUGAUAAUAGUGAUUCUCAGGAUGAAGAAUGUGAAGAUAAUGUUAAGGAUAAGGACACUGAAAAAGCUACAUCUCAAGAUGGAGGCAGUCCCAAAGAAGAACGAGCCUCCAAGACUAAAACAAAGGGCCAUGUCUGUCCCAUCUGUGUCGACAGGCGCUUCAAAGGGGCAAACAAACUCGCGAGACACAUGAGGACACAUACAAAGGAGAGACCAUUCGGCUGCCCUGUCUGCGAUAUGAGCUUCAGCCAAUCCUACCACAUGACCCGACAUCUGAGGAAGCAGCACGGCAUGGGUCAGUACAUCUGCGAAAAAUGUGGGAAAAAUUUAGCAAGCUGGCUGGAGAUGAGAGCACACAAGAAGACUCAUGCUGUUGACGGCCUGACAUGUAUUGCUUGUGAUAAACAGUUUAAAGAGAAGGCUGCCCUAGUGAGUCAUCUUAAAUUACACAAGAAGGUCCAGGCCAAACCCCAAAGCCUCACCUGCGGCGAUUGCGGCAAAGUAUUCGGUCGUAUGUAUCAUCUGAAAAGGCACAUAGUGACCCAUCGCAAAGCAACAAACGGAGAUAUUUACACGUGCCCUGAUUGUCAGAAGGAUUUUGCCUUCCCAGAAGACCUCAACAAACACCUGGAGAUUCAUUUAAAAGAAAACAAUGGGACCUGUCCAAAAUGUGACGAAACCUUCAGUAGUCCAGAAGACCUGGAGGCGCACAUGGGGGUCCAUGAGAAGUCUUACGCCUGCAGCACCUGCGGGAAGAAGUUCAAGGUCGAGUAUGCGCUGAAGAAGCAUGAGCAAGGGCAUCAAGACGAACAGUUUUAUUGUUCGUUGUGCCGCAAACACUUCAUCAAGCUGUCCCACUACAAGAGGCACAUGACGGUGCACGACAGACGGGAAUCUAGAUGUCCUCACUGUGACAGCAUCUUUCUGCAGCUAACAGCUUUUAAGUAUCACCUGCGGACUCACACAGUGGAGAGGCCGUACCAGUGCACCUGUUGCAUCGAGACCUUCGAGGAGAAGAAAGAUCUGGAUCAACACUGCUUGAGACACAGGAAAUUCAAGAAGGAGAUGCCAAACUCGUGCACUAGGUGCGAUUGUGCUUUCUCUACACUCCUUGAGCUGACGGACCACAUGAGCUCACAUGAUGGAGAGCAGCCAAUGACCUGCCCCAUCUGUGGCAAGACUUUCCUCAACAAGAGCAAGAUGGAAAGGCACCUGAGCAUCCACUCGGGGGAGAGGCCGCACCUCUGCUCCAUCUGCGGCAACGGCUUCCCCUCGGCCGCCAGCCUCAAGUUACACCUCCACAUCCACACCGGGGAGAAACCCUUCCCGUGUCCGCAGUGCAGCAAGAGCUUCAGGUCGUCCAGCGGGCUGCGGCUGCACGGCCGGCAGCACAUGGAGGUGCGGCCCAGCUUUGAGUGUCUCGAGUGCGGCAGGACUUACGGUCGCAUCACGGAGCUGAAAAUGCACCAGCGCUACCACACAGGGGAUAAGCCGUACGCAUGCACCUGCUGCAACAAACGCUUUAUUAGCAAACACAAGCUGAACGUUCACAUGAGGAUACACACGGGCGAGAGGCCGUACGCCUGUCCUAACUGCGGACAGACAUUCACGCAGACUGGAGACAGAAACAGACACGUCAGUAAAUACCACGAGUUAGAUACUGUAGUACCUAACUCCAGUGAAGAUUAGGUUGCUUUUGAAUGAUUGUGCCGGUGGUUUUGCAUGUAGGGGGUGACCAGGUGCCAACAAGCCACAUUGUUUUUGAGGGACAAUGCGGGACAUGUUACUUGACUUGUGUGUUAAACGUUAAUUAAAUCAGCUACUGUUACCUCAUCGCUUUUGGCUUCAGGAGGAAUAUAUCCUUGGGUUGGUGGUAGAGCAGGCUCACACGGGCGACUGUCAAUCAAAUGUGUGGGACAAAUUAUCAAAAUGCUGGGCAGUCCCGCACAAAGUGGGAUACCUGGUCACCCUAUUUGCAUGUUUGUUGGGGUUGGGAGCAGUUACAAUCAAUGAAUGCAAAACCACUGUCUUCUCUGUCCAGACUUUACUGUCUACAAACAGUUUCUCCCUGAUUUGUUGUUUUCUGCAAGCUUCAUACCUGGACUCUCUUCUAUAUCACUACAUUUUACCACUUAAUACAACAGCUGUGCAUGAGGGUUUAGUCAUUGUAGUCCAUCCCCCUCACCCCUUCUCCAUACAAGUUCCUUGCACUCCCAACAACUCACACUAGUGACAGAAUGCGAGUUUCACAGUUUAGCGUGCCCAAAUCUGUUAUUAUGUUGGUAUGCUACAUACUAGUUUAAAUUAAGUAGUAUCAAGUAUAUCACUGAAAUGAUGCAACAAAAAAUUCAAAGAUCAUUGUUCAAUGCUUUUGUUGUCCUCCAUUACACAGUUUGUGUUACAUAGUCUUAUGUUGUUUCUUUUCACAUCUUAGAUUAUUUUAUUUUCGACUUCUCUGUAACCAAGCGUUUGUAACUGUGUUAAGAAAAGUGCCAUAAAAAUAAAACUAGUAUUCACUCUG